GAAGUGAAAAGGAACAGCUCAGUAGCGAGGAAAGAAAAAGAGGAAGGAAGAUUCUGGGAGACCUUGCCCCACGCUCACACUGUACCGCGCAGGGGGCAGGAUUGAGGCUGGGGACAGCCAAGGACCAGAAGAGUCCCCGGAGGUACCCACGACUGGCUAAAGGCCUGGGCUACUGUAGCUGCAGCCACUGCCCUGGAGUCCACGUGGGUGGCGGCUUCAGCAGCGGCACCGACAAAGGCUGCACAAGCUGGACUGGGAAGUGGAACGUGGUCCUGGGUGGGCACCUCUCCCCCUUCAGACGGGGAAGACAGGACAAGGCAGGGCUAAAGCGCCUCGGCUGCCUGACCCAGGAGUCUGAGGGAAUGAGGAGAUACACAGUGCUGGUCCCUGUUCUCCUAACCUGCUGGUGUCUGCUGCCGGUGUCUGUAAAUAGCAUUCACCCAGAAUGCAGAUUACACUUGGAAAUCCAUGAAGAGGAAACCAAAUGUAUGGCCUUCCUAAGUGCCCAAACAGAAUACAAAGCAUGUAGUGGAGUUUGGGAUAAUAUUACGUGCUGGCACCCUGCUGACAUUGGAGAGACCGUCACAGUUCCCUGUCCAAAAGUAUUCAGGCAUUUUUACAACAAACCAGGAAAUAUCAGCAAAAACUGUACUAGUGAGGGAUGGUCAGAGAUGUUUCCAGAUAUCAUAAGUGCCUGUGGCUAUACUGACCUUGAAGAUGAUAAUAAGAUCACUUUUUAUAUCCUGGUGAAGGCAAUUUAUACCCUGGGAUACAGCGUCUCUCUGAUUGCUCUGACAACUGGAAGUAUAAUUCUUUGUCUAUUCAGGAAACUGCACUGUACAAGGAAUUACAUCCAUUUGAACCUUUUCCUCUCUUUCAUCUUGAGAGCUAUCUCUGUUUUAGUCAAGGAUGACAUUCUUUAUUCUAACUCUAGUGCUCUCCACUGUCUGGACCAGGCAUCUUCAUGGGUUGGCUGCAAGUUGAGCUUGGUGUUUUUCCAGUACUGUAUCAUGGCAAAUUUUUAUUGGCUCCUGGUGGAAGGGCUUUACCUCCACACACUCCUUAUGGUUAUAUUUUCCUCAAACCGACAUUUCCUGAUGUAUCUUCUGAUUGGAUGGGGAAUCCCUACAAUCUUUAUUGUUGUGUGGACUGUGACAAGGAUCUUCUUAGAAGAUAUUGGCUGCUGGGAUACAAAUGAACAUAAUGUUCCCUGGUGGGUGAUACGAAUACCAAUUUUAAUUUCUAUCAUCGUGAAUUUUAUCCUUUUCAUUAGUAUCAUAAGAAUUUUACUGCAGAAGUUAAGAUCUCCAGAUGUUGGAGGCAAUGAUCAGUCACAGUACAAGAGACUCGCUAAGUCCACGCUGCUGCUCAUCCCUUUGUUUGGAGUUCACUACAUGAUUUUUGUUGUAUUUCCUAUUGGCAUUUCCAGCAAAUAUCAAAUACUGUUUGAACUAUGUAUCGGAUCGUUCCAGGGCCUGGUUGUUGCAGUUCUGUACUGUUUUUUGAACAGUGAAGUGCAAUUUGAGCUAAAGAGAAAAUGGCGAAGCUUAUGCCUGAACCAGUCCAUGAGCCGGGAUUACAGGCUGCACAGCUCUUCCAUCUCUCGCAAUGGCUCUGAAAGCAUCUUACAUUUUCAUCGGAAUUCCCGAGCCCACUCCUUCCUGCAGACUGAAACCACAGUGAUAUGAGCAACAACGUCCAGCUGCCCGUAUUUGCUAAAAAAGCUCCAUGAAAGACUGUAUCCCAUGCGGCCAAAUGUGGUAGAUUUCUCAGCUCUGCUUUGUGUGCUUUUGCUUCCCCUCCCCGUCUCCAUGUCUGGAAUGGCCUAGUUCUGUAAGCUCAGCCCUGUAGACUUUGAGCUUUAACAUAGCUCCACUCACAUUGCACUCUCAUGUGAUGUUUAUCUUGUAUCUGCAUCCGAAAGCUAAUUAUGGCUAAAUUGCAGUAUUUAAGUUUGUUUGUUGUUUUAAAGAGCUUCAGAUCUAGAAUGUAUGUGCAUUUGGGAUCUUUGAUAAUGUGUCCAUUAUCAAGGAGAAAAGAGAAGGGAUGGAGAGGAUUCAUGAGAUAAAAAGGUCAAAGUUGUUCAACUACAGCAAGAGAGGUCGAGGAGCUAGAUCCUGCCCUGCGAAGCACAGCUCACGGUGGUCUCCCACUGACCCCAGUGAGGACUUCAUCAACCUCUCUGCUCGAGCCUUUAAGUUAAGCAUGGAGACAAGGAACCUUCAUCUUCUAUGAGAAAUCCUGGUUGGAUUCAGACCUACCUCAGUGAAAUCUGUACCCUACAAGAGGGUAUUACUCUCUGGCAUACAAGGCAGCCACGACAGCUUAUUCAUAGUGUCUGGCUUUUAGAUGAUGAUAUACCCCAAGGCUAAUAUCAAAAAAUGAACCUUAAAAAAGGCAAAACCAUCAAAUAGCUCAAACUUCACUUUCAGCCCCGAUUUUCAACUCACAAGGGGCCUUCACUUACCCCUUGCCUCCUUAUCACUCACUCAGAGCCCUGGCUAUCUGGGUAUCCCCACUGUGGAAUCUCUCCAGACUUUUCUCCUCCUAAGCAGGACCCAUUAUCCCAGACCUCUCUCUCUCCCCUCUCUUCAACAAAAUUAAUUCAUCCUUUGAUUCAUCCCCAAGUGGUUUUUCUCUCAGCUAGAAAAGUAAUCUAAUCAACUAAUUCUCACUAAAGUAUUAAUGACUAAAAAGUA